AUGUCCUCAAACUGUACGGCCAUGGAGAACAUGACUCUUCCAUCGUCCCCAGAGGACUUGACCUCUCCCUUCGCAAAGCUUUGUAUCGACUUGGUUCUUCAGAUCGCAGACUUUCUCCCAUCUGAGUCAGUGCUUGCCCUCGCACUUACGACAAAGACUCUCUUCAAUAGUCAAGCUCUUUGGAGGUUACGGGGACCAUAUGUUCAACACUCUCCAGGUCGCCAUGCACAACCCAUAGCCAGAUACUCACCGGACUGGAUCUACUGCGACUUCUGCUUUCGUCUGCAUCCGCGAAGGGAUACACCAAAGAUCACGGAUGGCUGGCGCGAGUUGCAUCCAUGCCCUCUCCGACCCGAGCAUCCUAUAUGGUUGCACUUCGAUACUUGGAAUUAUCAUGUACAAUUUGAAGAUGUGUACAAGGUUAUGACCAUGCAUCGGUGGGGCGCGCCAUAUGGAGACGCGCUUGAUAGUCUAGCUGUCAAGCUAGACUGGCAGGUCAUGAGAUACGAUGCUGGCCACGAGGAGUUGAAUCGUUACUUGGCCACCACGGGACGAUGCCUGACAAAAUUCGUUGUAACGCCAGAGAUCAUUGAUGGUCAGCUGUUGUUACACACUAUUCAGCGUGUUUGGUACGAUCGCGAUGUGUGA